AUGAUGGACAGUUCUAUGAAUGUUUAGAAACUUAUGUUCACCUUGCUUUCUAUAAAAUCGUCCAAACCCUUGUUCAGGUAAAAGAAUGGGACUCAACCACAGCGGAGUAGUAGUUUUAGCUCAAGUCAACAAACACAGGAAUUAAAUAAAUCGACAAGCAACGCCGUGGCCGCGGCGGAAGGUGGGUGAUGAGGACGAUGGAAUGGGCAGCGCGUAGAGAUCACCUCGGCGGAGUACCACGGAAGUUGAUCUUCAUGGCUGCCGGAGCAUUCUCCAAAACUGUAGCCAAUCUGCUCAACACCACCACCGUCUACAACCUCGAAACCCUCCUCCGCCACGUCCGCCACCGCCCUCCCGGAGUCCCUCUUCUCACCGUCGCCAAUCACAUGUCCACGUUGGAUGAUCCAUUGAUGUGGGGAUUCAAGGAUUUCCCGAUAACUGAUCCAGAAUUGGGGAGAUGGGUACUUGCAGCCGAAGACAUAUGCUUCAAAAAUCCAGUGCUUUCAUAUUUUUUCCGAAUCGGGAAAUGUAUUCCUAUAACAAGAGGAGGUGGAAUCUAUCAGGAGCACAUGGAUGAGGCUCUUGACCGUUUGACCGACGGAGCUUGGGUGCAUACGUUUCCAGAGGGGAAAGUAUGUCAAGAAGAUGCACCUAUAAGGCGGUUGAAAUGGGGAACUGCAAGUCUCAUUGCUCGUGCCCCUGUAACUCCCAUAGUCCUGCCAAUAUUUCAUCGUGGUUUUGAAAAGGUAAUGCCAGAGAAUUAUAUGUUUGGUCGAAGACCCCCUUUCCCUUUGUGUAAGAAGGAUAUAGAGAUAUAUAUCGGUGAGCCAAUUGUGUUCGACAUCCCUAAGCUGAAGCAGAUGGCUGUAGACACGUCGAGGAAGGAAUUUAUAUCACAUUGUCAUAGUGAAUGGCCCGAGACUGUGUGUGGAAUGGAUGAGGCAGCACAAAGAUGUCUCUACACCAAUAUAUCUGACCGAAUACAACUAGUCUUGGAGAAGUUGCGUACUGUUAGCAAAACAUGUUUGAACACAAACUGAUUCUUGAUUAUGGUUUAGGAAAUACUGAAUUAGCAGAGCAGGUUCUACGUUUUGAAACCCAUUUUUGACUAUGGGCAUUUUUGUUGGUUCGAUUUGUCAGGUUUUCGGAUUGCCGUGAGAACCACCUCGAAAAACAAAUCGUAUUAGAUAAAAAAAAAUAUGAUCAUUGUUUGAAGAAAUAUGUUAAUUUUUUGUCAAGCAUUUUAGUAUGGCGAGAUGGGUAAACUGUAUAAAAUCAAUCACGAUUGUUUCGAAAUCUGCAUUCUGUUCAUUUUAUUGUGUUAAAUUUUCUUCGUGUU